UUCAUCGGUAGAAUACUGUCUCCAUUUUUUAUUACGAAUAUUUAUAGUGUUUUAGAUAAAUUUACUAUAAAUAUAACUGAUGAAAAGGCAAGAGACUACGCCAAAAAUAUAAUACCAAUAGUAAUAGUGAGGAUACCAGCUGAUAAUACAAUGCAUUUAUUUCAGACCAACAAUUUAUCAUUUACAUUUUAAUGGUUUAUGUAUAUAAAACUGUUGUGAUCAAUUUGGAAAAGAUCUUCUGCAAUGGCAGAAGAACCAUCAUGUCUGACUAAUAUUCGGCGUGUGAAUGGUGUUACUGUACAUAAAAUAUGCUCUGGGCAGGUAAUUCUUAAUUUGGCAACUGCUGUGAAAGAGCUUGUUGAAAAUAGUGUGGAUGCAGGGUCUACCAAUAUUGAGGUACGACUCAAAGAAUAUGGCAGUGAACUUGUAGAAGUUUCUGACAAUGGCGUUGGUGUUCAUGAAUCAAAUUUUGAAGGACUGAGUUUGAAAUAUCAUACAUCUAAACUUUCGGAAUUUGAGGAUUUGGCAAAUGUUGGGACCUUUGGUUUUCGUGGAGAAGCCCUCAGCUCUUUGUGUGCUCUCAGUGAUGUGGUAAUUACAACUUGCAACAAAGGAGCUUCUUCUGGAACAAGACUAGAGUUUGAUCAUGAUGGAAAAUUAACAAAAAGAAGUCCCUGUUCUCGACAGGUGGGCACAACAGUCAGUCUUCAGAAUUUGUUUUGCACCUUGCCUGUACGACAUAAAGAGUUUUUGCAUAAUGUCCGAAGGGAGUUUAAUCGAAUGGUUCAAGUACUCACAGCAUAUUGCUUAAUUAGUACAAAAAUCAGAAUUACAUGUAUAAACCAAACUAAGAAAGGUGUUGUGGAAGAAAAGGAACUUGAUGUUUUGGUUGCUAGUUUGUUAGGCUUCCAGCAGGUAGAGCCAUCUGCAGAAGUUCAAGAGGAAUAUUCUUUACCAUUUUCAGUCAAGUCUAGUCCUCUUCCAUUCAGACUAGAAGGUUACGUGUCGUCUUGUCAACAUGGGCUAGGACGUAGUUCUCCUGACAGACAGUUUCUUUUUGUUAAUGGUAGACCUUGUGACCUUCCCAAGGUAACAAGGCUGAUUAAUGAUGUCUAUCACAGCUUUAACAGACAUCAGUAUCCUGUUGUAUGUCUAAACAUCUUACUGGAAAAAGAGGAAGUGGACAUAAAUCUGACACCAGAUAAACGGCAAGUGUUUGUUCAGAAUGAAAAACUGCUGUUGGCAUCAAUAAAGACUUCAUUAUUACAGUUAUAUAGUCCACUUUCUUCUAUGCUUGAUCAACAAGGAUGUUCUUUUCAGACAUCAAUAAUGUCACAUGUACAAAAAAAAACUGACAUUGAUAUGGAGACAUCUCCAAGUGAUGAGAAAAAGGGAAAGCUGAACAUUGGUUUGAAAAGAGCCUUUUCAGUACCCGAUGAAUCUAAGCCUCAGAGUGAGUCAACAGUAAACAUCCACAAAUUUGCACGGUUUAAAGCAUCACUGUCAUCAUAUGAAGUUAAUUCUCUUAAAGUGGAAAGUUCAGUAACAAAGGAGAAAGAACUGAACACUGCAGUUAGUGAAGAUAAAGAGUUACAGAUGAUAAUGACUAAAGAAGAAAUUCAUGACAAGGAAGUGGGUGAUUAUUUCACUGGAGGUAUAUCAGAUAAUAUUCCUUGUAUCACCAGAGAACUGAUACAAGUGGCUUCUGAAGAAUACUCUAUUAAGUCAGGAAAAAUAGAUGAAGAACUAACUGAUAAAAUCUCUAGAACUGAAACAGAUUUAUUUGUUGAUAAAGUUUCUGACAAAAAUUAUGAUGGUUUAGAAGAAAAAGGAUUAGAGUUAUCUCUUUGCAAGCAGUCUCAGAGCUGUGAAGAUGCAGUCAAUAAACCUUAUAAAAAUGCAUCUUGUGCGUCCAACUUGAAAGCAGCUUCUCUUGAGGAUGAUUCAUCUAAUUAUAGAAACCAAGGAACCAUGAAGAGUCCUUUGAAAGAGUUUUUAUGUGAUAGAAAAGUAUAUAAGAAGAGAAGCACAGAUAAGUUCAUGGAAAAUUCGUUGUUAAAUCAGUUCAGACACAAACUAGACUGUGGUGUUCACAACCUUAAAAAAGAACAUUCAUCUUCAUUGCAUACAUUAGAUGGGUACCUUGGAGUUCAGAACAAUCACAGUGAAGCUGACAGAAAAGUAUCACAAGCUCAAUCGUCUUUAAUUUUGUCUGAACAAGAUUCUUCUGUUGCAGUUUGCAGUUCUUCUGAAGUUACUGUGGAUGAACCUCAACCAGUUCACAAGAAGAUGGUCAUUUUGCCUUUUUCUUUAGAAAGGUUGAAAGUAGAUGUAAAGAAAGAAGAACAGAAAUUGGAUGAGAAGAAUAAAUGUGAAUAUCGUAAGUUUCGAGCUAAGAUUACUCCCUCGGAUAAUCAGUCAGCUGAACAAGAGCUUAGAAAAGAAUUCAGGAAAGACAUGUUUAGCCAAAUGGAAGUUUUAGGUCAGUUUAACCUGGGAUUUAUUAUUGCCAAACUUGGAGCAGACCUUUUCAUCAUUGACCAACAUGCUACAGAUGAAAAAUAUAAUUUUGAAAUGUUACAGAAAAACACUAUUUUAGAAACCCAAAAAUUGCUUCAUCCUCAAACACUUGAACUGACAGCCUCUAGUGAAGCUACACUUUUGGAGAAUGUUGAAAUCUUUCAUAAAAAUGGCUUUGAAUUUUGCAUCAAUGAAGAUGCUACAGUGGGCCAAAGAGUUAAACUUAUUUCUGUUCCUGUCAGUCGAAACUGGACUUUUGGGAAAUCUGAUAUUGAUGAGUUGCUCUUCAUGCUCAGUGACAGCCCUGGAGUUUUGUGUCGUCCCUCGAGGGUACGCCAGAUGUUUGCUUCACGAGCUUGUCGAAAAUCAGUCAUGAUUGGAACACCAUUAACUAUUUCAGAUAUGAAAAAACUUGUUUCUCACAUGAAAGACAUUGAGCAGCCUUGGAAUUGUCCUCAUGGCCGACCUACCAUGAGACACUUGUUCAACCUGAACAUUCUGAAGAACAUCUGAAGAUUAAAGUAUUGUUUUGGGAAAAAAAAUGUAUAUAAAAAUAAAAAGGAUCUUUUAAAUCA